UCGUGGUCACACAGAGCGCAUUAUCCUACCAUGUUUGAAGGACCUCCAGGCGACCCAGACUGAACCAAAACAAUAAUAUUAUUAUUUCAACACACCGACAGAACGUUUUUUGUUCUUAAUUACUUUCGUGUGUGUUCUACAUUCCCCCACGAUGGUCGUCUUAAAAAGUGACUACUCUAGCUGUCCCUUGAAGAAGAGGCCGCUCUCCGUUCCGUAUAAUGCAACAGGAAACGAGCAGACAGAACCGGAGGAUCUGAGUGUGAAGUUUGAGGGAGAGGCGUAUAGCUCAUCCAAUACACGCACGCACGAUCCAUGCGUGCAAGAACCCCGCAUACGCACGCACGACCCAUGCGCCCAUUGCCCUCCAGCGUCCCUCCUUCGCACGAGAGAGCCGCAGUCACUGGCGAGACCCGCGCAAGAACCGCAUGUUCCACCGGUGAAUUGUUGCGAUUGGCAGCGAUUACGUUUGCGUGUGCCCUAUGUAUACGGUGAGACGACGCACUCACGCGUGCACGUGCGUGAGUUACAAUUCCCUGACGCACAUGGUGUAUGCCCUCAAACACAAACGGAAACAAACAGCACACAUGAUAAGAAAGUACAUGCUUCAACAGAAUCAGAAAGAGAAUCGACGAACGCAGGUCGACAAAGUCGCACACCAGACGCCCAGCACCAGGACGGUCAAACAAUUGACGUUAAACCCGCGAACAAUCAAAUACCUGACUUCAAGUCCCUGAAGAACGAAACACCUGAUCCAGAAAGCAGAAUCAGUUUUAACCCAAGCGUCUCCGCCAGUACGUGUACAAGCCCCGACUCACUUCCAAGAGAAACCAGUCGAGAUAGUCACAGCCCUCCAACCUGUGAAGUCAGGAGAUUGCUGCCUCCCGUCAGGGCCACACCAAGGCCACACUCAGCCACACCCGGAAUACACAUAGCUACACCCAGGCCACACACUGCCAUACUUGUUAACUCUCCCCUGGUCGACGAUAUCAGCCAUUCGAGAAUAGACAAUGACCGGGUCAGUCCAUCAGUUGGGCAUAAACCUUCUGUACAAACAACGGCAAGUUGGUUAAGAUUCCCAGAUAUGAGAGUCCCCGGAGAGAUGCAGAGCUCUACCCAAACAUCUCAACCUCACCGACCAUGGCUGGCAGACGACCCUCCAAGACAAACGUCCCGCCAGUCGUGGCGAGGCGCGGUACUCGUGCGCAGAGUGCAAUAA